AUGCUACCAUGUAACGUCCACUACUGGGACUACGCGCAGUACGCGCAGCACAGCGUCGGAGAUACCAUCUCCUACACCUUUGUGAUCAAGCAUGGUGUGGUCAACAAGUAUUCCGGCUCGACAGCCAACCAGUCCUUCUGGUCGUAUGGGAGUCUCUUUGGUGCCGGUGUGGAUGGCACCAACACUGUGCUAGAGUGCGGCACGAACGGACCCAGUAGCAACUACUACAGCUACAUGGGCAGCUCCAGCACCAACAACACAACUGCAUCAGUGAGCCAGGUGGCAUGCUACCCGAACGACACCAAGAUCGUGGGCACCUAUGACGGCACCACCCAGACCAUAUGGAUCAACGGCAACUCGGGAUCCUCCAAGGCCGUGAGUGGACUGAACGUAACGUCGGGGCAGCAGUACCUGUUCAGAGGCCCGCGGGCAAACUCGGCACUCAAUGGCGAAAUAGGCUAUGCGCUGUUCUUCAAGACUGCUCUCUCGACCACCGACCGACUCCUGCUGGCUCCCACCAACACUGUGAGUGGGCUCGAUGCCACGGGCACAGUCUCCGGAGCCGUGUGGGCAGCGAUCAGCGGCUCUGUGAUUCUCUUGGUGGAUACGAGUGGUAAGAUCUGGUAUGGCAGCACCAGCAGUGGCUCGACGGCAUGGAAUCCGUGCCCGAGUGCGCCGUAUGCCAACCGGGUCGGUUUUGUGAGGAACUCGAGCACAUACCCAUACAGUGCAUGGGCGACCGAGUCGGGUGGCAAUGUCUACUAUUGCGCCAAUGUGACGACGGCCUGCUCGUGGAUCCGCAUCACUGUAUCGAAUGACUAUAACGACCAGUGGGUUUUCGCCCACGCAGGUCACGAUGACAUAUUCCAGCAGCACGGCAAUGUGGGCGACUCUGGACACGAGUGGCGACGACAGCGGUAA